AUGGAAGAAGCUUUGCUAAACGACGAAUUACCAAAAUUCAGUGACAUCAGACGCUAUUUCUGCCCAUACUGCAACAUCUGUAGGUCCAAAAAAACCCUAAUCACCUCCCACAUCAAUUCCCAACACAAGGAAGAGUUAGAGAAAGCAAAAGAUGAAUCUGAACAUGAAGCAGAGGCUACUUUGAAAGCUAAUACAUGUGAGGAGUGUGGUGCUAGUUUCAAAAAACAUGCUUAUUUGUUGCAGCAUAUGCAAAGCCAUUCCCUUGAGGUUGGGAGACCUCCUGAGAAGCUUCAUCAAGGAUAUGCCUCGGUCACGCUCAAUAUCCAAAACGAGAGGCCGUAUGUAUGUAACCUUGAGGAUUGUAAUGCAAGUUACAGAAGGAAGGACCAUUUGAAUCGUCACCUUCUACAACAUCAAGGGAAAAAUUUCAAAUGUCCCAUCGAGAAUUGCAAGAGUGAUUUCUCUUUGCAGAGCAAUUUGAAAAGACAUAUUGGCGAGAUGCAUGAUGAAAAUUCUACACCUGCUAGGAAUAGUGAAAAUCCGAAGCAGUUUCUAUGUCCUGAAAUUGGCUGUGGAAAGGUUUUCAGAUAUGCAUCACAGCUACAGAAGCAUGAGGAUUCUCAUGUUACGCUGGAGACAGUUGACGUGGUGUGCUUAGAGCCGGGUUGCUUGAAACAUUUCACCAAUUCCGAGUGCCUUAAGGCUCAUGUUAAGUCCUGCCAUCAAUAUGUAACCUGUGACACUUGUGGGACUAAGCAACUGAAGAAGAACAUGAAAAGGCAUCUUCGUACACACGAAGCAAGCACUUCAUCAGAACCCUUUAAAUGUGAAUUUGAGGAUUGUGACUGCACAUUCUCAACUAAAUCUAAUCUUCGAAAGCAUGAGAAGGCAGUACACUUAGAAUUAAGGCAUUUUGUAUGUGGAUUUCCUAACUGUGGCAUGAGAUUUGCUUACAAACACGUGAGAGACAAUCAUGAAAAGACGGCAAAACAUCUUUUUACCCUUGGUGAUUUUGAAGAAGCUGAUGAAGAAUUCAGGUCAAGGCCAAGGGGAGGGGUGAAGAGAAAAUUUCCUACGGUAGAUAUGUUGGUCAGGAAGAGAGUAACGCCACCUGGUCAAUUGGAGAACUUGUUGUUUAUGCAGUCUUGUGAUGAGUAA